GAUGAAGUAGCAAAGCAGCCAGAUCGCGGCACAGACUCCAUUAGUUCGCACAUUAGUAUGAGUUAGUCGAAUUAUUUAAUUAAAUAAAGUAAUUCAAUAAGAGGGCGAAUUAAUAACAAUUAUUCGGUUUGGCCGUGUUCGAUCUGCCGGUGGACGCUCGGGGAUUUGAUACUAAACAAAUGUGACAGUGUUUACGGAAUAUUUGAGUAAAUUCGAUUUUUAUAUCGUUUCGUGCCAAAACUGCUAAAAUGGAGCAAAACAAAGAUAUUACGAACACUCGACAGCCUAUAACGAAGAACUACGAUCAGAAGUCCCAGAACGUUGCCAAUUACAAUGUAAGUCCAGGAAAUUAUCCAGAAACCAACCACAAUCUCUUUCAAAUGAUAAAAUGUCAUGAAGACAGUCUUUUACGCCUGCACCAUUUAACAGCAGGCCGUCAGAUCAACGGUAAUUACGACACAAGUUACCAGAAUGAUAUUACUUGGUACCCAAAAGACCUCCAAAGACCCUACAUCAAACCUGUUGACUACCUCGCAUACGAAGACAUGAGAAGAAAGUACGAAGACAAGGGUGGGAAAGAGAGAGAGAAUCAAAAAGAGUCUGAGGAAGAAAGAGACAUAAAGUCUGAUGAUCGCAAAAAGCCUAGAAGGAAUAGAACCACGUUCACAAGUCAGCAGCUCGCUGCUCUUGAGAAGGUGUUUGAAAAGACUCAUUAUCCAGAUGCGUUUGUUAGAGAAGAUCUCGCUGCGAGGGUCAACCUGACUGAAGCCAGAGUACAGGUAUGGUUCCAAAACCGUCGAGCGAAAUUCAGAAGAAAUGAGCGAUCGGCUUUGUCAACUCACAGAAGUUCAACAAGCCAAAAUUCACCGGAGCCUAUUGCUGUGCCCAUCGGUAUACCCCACCAAGAUCCGAGACAAGACUAUGCGCGCAACUCUAAAGAACCUUGGCUCCAUCAUUUUCAAGCCAACAAUCUUAACUUAAACCUUGGACUUCCUAUUACCAAUACAGGAUUAUAUCAAAAUGAUUAUUCUCUCAUGAUGCAGAAUGUAAGCAAUAGGCAGUACGUUCAAAAUACAAAUAGUCUUAUAGGACAAAGUGUGGUAGGCUAUGGGAGCACUACGGAUAAUGGCUACAGUUCCUGCAGUUUGAUUGGCGGCUACAGCGGAUCUUUACAGCCGGCUCAUCAUAGCUCGUAUAAUUUAAAUUUACGCUUAAGGCCACACGAUUUUAGCAUAAAUAAUAUAACUUUAUGAAAACAUUCCUAAAGUUAUUAUAAAUUAAAGUGAUUUAUGAAUUAAGUCCUAAAAAUUAUGUACU